AUGAUAAGGGCGUGUGCUUUCAAAAACUGUGUAGGACGGAGGUUCCUUCCAAGACCAACUAGAACCACCAUGUUUCAAACAUUAAGAUAUGCGUCCACUAGUGAAAACAAAGCUGUUGAGACUCCCAUUUUCCCAAAAUUAGAAGACGUGGAUAUGAAUGAGCUCAUAGGAAACAACAAUUUUGGUAAAGGUACUUAUCAUGUGGAAAGAAGUAGUACGGGGAAUUUGCCGGUGUAUUCCGCUUACAGAAAUGGAGGGAAUAAGACCAUUACAGAGAUCAGAAAAAUCCAAGGAGAUAUAAUUCAAUUAAGAAAUGACCUGCAGGAACACCUGCAUUUCAUACCGAAGGAGUCAUGGUCUAUAGUGAUGCAAUCGAAAAAAAUUAUCAUUAAGGGCAACGCUGUAGAAGCAGUCAAAAGGAUACUAACCAAAAAAUUUUAG